GUGGAACCCGGAGCCGGGCAGCCGACGGAGGCCGGCUCGGGGCGGGAGCGCCUCCGGCCCGGCCUGGCCGCGGGCCCCGGGCCUCCCAGGCGGGGCCUCUGCGCCUGCGCUCGGCCUGCAGCCGCCGGUGCUCCCGGCGCGGCCGCGCUCUCGGCUGCAGCGCGCCCCUGCGUGUGUGCGAGCUCCAUGGGCCGCGGCGAGAGCCAAGAUGACAGAUUACGGCGAGGAACAGCGGAACGAGCUCGAGGCGCUCGAGUCCAUCUACCCCGACUCCUUCACAGUAUUAUCAGAAAAGCCACCCAGCUUCACCAUUACUGUGACAUCUGAGGCAGGAGAAAAUGAUGAAACUGUCCAGACUACUCUCAAGUUUACAUACAGUGAAAAAUAUCCAGAUGAAGCUCCUCUUUAUGAAAUAUUCUCCCAGGAAAAUCUAGAUGAUAAUGAUGUAUCAGACAUUUUAAAAUUGUUAGCAUUACAGGCUGAAGAAAAUCUUGGUAUGGUGAUGAUCUUCACUCUAGUUACAGCUGUGCAAGAAAAGUUAAAUGAAAUAGUAGAUCAGAUAAAAACUAGGCGAGAGGAAGAAAAGAGACAAAAGGAGAAGGAAGCAGAAGAAGCUGAAAAGAAAUUAUUCCACGGCACACCUGUUACAAUUGAGAAUUUCUUAAGUUGGAAGGCCAAAUUUGAUGCCGAGCUCUUGGAAAUUAAAAAGAAACGGAUGAAAGAAGAAGAGCAAGCAGGAAAGAAUAAAUUAAGUGGGAAACAACUGUUUGAAACAGAUCAUAAUCUUGACACAUCUGAUAUCCAGUUCUUGGAGGAUGCCGGCAACAACGUGGAAGUAGAUGAGUCCUUGUUCCAGGAAAUGGAUGACUUGGAGCUGGAGGAUGAUGACGAUGAUCCAGACUAUAAUCCUGCUGACCCAGGAAGUGAUUCAGCUGACUAAUGGACUGACCCCUUCUGCAGAGAGGCUUGACUGCCACAGCAUCUGUGGCUUAGCUGAGAGGGUUUUGAUUUUCCUUUCUUUUUUUCUAAGAAAAAAUAAUUUUCAGGAGAAUGUUCUUCUGAUGGCUUUCAUCAUUGAACUUAAUAAACCAACUUUAAAAUUUCAAA